AUGGCGAACAAGGAGAAGCUUCCAUGGGAUUUGAUUGAAGAGAUACUCACUCGUGUCCCUCCUAAAUCUCUUGUACGGUUCAAAAUCGUAUCUAAACAGUGGAACGCUCUUUUCAUCGACAAGAGGUUUAUCAACAAACACAAGAAGAUGUUUCGAUUCAUCUUAAGAACAAGAUCCAAGAUUUACUCGGUGAGCAUCAAUCCGAAGAUAGAGGUGCGUGAGCUGACGUUAGAUAUUCCCGGUUUAGAUACUCAUCAGAUACCUAAAAAACUGAUCGAUUGCAAUGAGUUCUUGCUAUGUCGCAUGGAUAAAGGAGCCGUAAUUUGGAACCCGUGGCUAAGACAGACCACAUGGAUCAAGUCCGAGGUUAACCAACCUAAUUUAGUGUUCAAUGCCCUAGGUUAUGAUAAUAAUAAUGGUUACAAGACCCUUGCGUCUUAUCGGAAGGAAUUAGAUCCUGCUACUCUUACGUGCUGGAAAACUCAUGAUCUUUCCUCCGAUGCAUGGAGGGACCAAAAGGGUGUGCUGAUAUAUGAUGGUAGUAGAGAACGUAUUACUUUUCAUAUCUCAAGUGGUGUGUCGUUGAAUGGAACUUAUUACCGGGCUGCUUCUUAUGACAAAACCAAGUACUUGUUCUUUCUAGUUAACUUCGAUUUUUCGUGGUAUAAUUUCAACAAAUUUUGUGAUCUACCAUAUAGGGGGAACCAUGAUCGCGAUGCUCUUGUUCUUAAUAUUUUUAGGGGAGAUCGCUUUUCAUUGUUAAAGCAAUCCCAUCUAACAAAGAAGAUUGAGAUUUUGGUGACCAAGAACAAGAUUGAUAAAUGGAGUGGUGGAGAUGUUGAAUGGAUUAAUUUCAUGCAAGUGUCGCUUCCUAACUUGCCAGAUCUAGUACAGAUCGUAUCCUACGACCAGCCAAGUUACUUCAUUGAUGGUAAAAACCUUGUCGUGUGUUCUUAUGACGAAACUGGUCGGGUUUGGAUCUAUGUUUUGGGGGACAAUAAGUUGAUCAGUGGAACCAAAAUAGAUCUUGUGGUUGAUCCUUGGCCUUUGCAUUGUACCUAUUCACCCAGUUUGCUCUCAGUUCCUCGAGGUAAAAGAGUAGAAGCAGAAUCACAAGUUUAA